UUCACUCACUCACUUUAGGCCAAUCCGUCCUCUUUCUCUCUGUGUGUCUCUCUCCUACUCUGAGACAGAGUCAGAACUCUUCUCCCUGACAGCCACAAACAUCUACAGCACUUACUGCAUUCAGAGAGGGAACCUGCAAACAAAACUUCACAGAAAACUUUCUAUUCUUGUUCCAGAGAAUUUGCUGAAGAGGAGAGAGGAAAAAAAGAAACCAUACAAACAAACAAACAACAAAAAACCUGUGUGUGAAGAGAAAGGAAAAGCAGGGCCUUUUUAAAAGGGAAUCACAACAACUUUUGCUGCCAGGAUGCCUUUGCUUUUGAAGAGAGAAUUUUUGUUGGCGCUUUGCUGGAUUAUAGUGAAGAGUUCUCCAACCCCAGGAUCUGAGGGGCACAGUUCAGUCACCGACUGCCCAUCAUGUGCCCUUGCCACACUCUCAAAGGAUGUGCCAAGCUCACAGCCUGAGAUGGUGGAAGCAGUAAAGAAGCACAUCCUGAACAUGUUGCACUUGAGGGACAGACCUAACAUCACCCAGCCGGUGCCCAAGGCAGCACUUUUAAAUGCCAUAAAAAAACUCCAUGUAGGAAAGGUGGGAGAGGACGGCUAUGUGGAAAUAGAGGAUGACAUUGGAAGAAGAGCAGAAAUGAAUGAACUUGUAGAGCAAACUUCAGAAAUCAUCACAUUUGCAGAAUCAGGCACCCCUAAGAAAAUGCUGCACUUUGAAAUUUCCAAGGAAGGCAGUGACCUAUCAGUAGUGCAGCAUGCUGAAGUGUGGCUCUUCCUAAAAGUCUCCAAGGCCAACCGAAGCAGAACAAAAGUGACAAUCCGACUGUACCAGCAGCCGAGACAGCCCAAAGGCAAGUCUGAAGGGGCAGUAGAAAUGGAAGACGAAGGGCUGAAGAGUGAUAAAAGUGAGACUCUCAUCUCUGAAAAGGCAGUGGACACCCGUAAAAGUACCUGGCACAUCUUUCCUGUCACCAACAGUGUACAGUAUCUGUUGGACAAGGGCAGAAACUCCCUGGAUGUGAGGAUUGCCUGUGACCAAUGCCAAGAGACUGGAGCCAGCCUGGUACUGUUGGGCAAGAAGAAGAAAAAGGAUGAUGGGGAAGGGAAAAGACUCUCAUCUCUGAAAAGGCAGUGGACACCCGUAAAAGAGAAAGAGCAGUCCCACCGACCUUUCCUGAUGAUGCUUGCUCGGCACUCAGACGACCGCCUCCACAGACGACGAAGACGGGGACUGGAGUGUGACGGCAAAGUCAACCUCUGCUGCAAGAAGCAGUUCUUUGUCAGCUUCAAGGACAUUGGCUGGAGUGACUGGAUCAUUGCUCCCACAGGUUACCAUGCCAACUACUGUGAAGGGGAGUGCCCCAGCCACAUAGCGGGCACAUCUGGUUCAUCAUUAUCCUUCCACUCCACUGUCAUCAAUCAUUACCGUAUGCGGGGCCACAGCCCCUUCUCCAACCUUAAGUCAUGUUGUGUGCCCACCAAGCUACGACCAAUGUCCAUGCUAUACUAUGACGAUGGGCAAAACAUCAUAAAAAAGGACAUUCAAAAUAUGAUUGUGGAGGAGUGUGGCUGCUCAUAAACACACCCCACACCAAGGGCUUCCUGUCUGAGUGGAGAAUUGAACAGAAGCUGCAGUAGAGGAAAGACUUGAUGAUGGUUUAAUCUUUCCAAAUGAAACCAAUACUAAAAAAAAAAAAGAAAACACAUGGAGUUCAAAAAGACUAAAGACAGACAAAGGAAGCAAAAGAAAGCAUAAACAGGGCUUGAAUGAGAAACUUUUUGAACAGUAGUGUGGGAAGGGGGAUUCCUCUUCCUUUCAAUAUGUUCCAUAUUUUAUUAUAUAGUUAUGUUAAACAUUAUUUGUUACAAGGGGAAUUGUGUUCCUUCUCCUAGUUACCUAUCAGUUCAAGCCCUGGUAGCAGCUUGCCUAACCUGCAGCAAUUUGGACUCCAAAAUUGGAGUCCAAAUGACAUUGAAAUUCCUAGAAAAGCCACGUGUAUGAACACUACAUUCACUGGCACUUUCCCCUCUUCCUUCUUCCCAAUUUACCAAGGACAUAAUGAGAGUGUGUGUACAGUACGUAUGUGUGUGUGCAUUUGUACUUGUGUGUGUGUGUAUAUGUGUGUGCACGUGUGUAUUUACAUACACAAACAUGAGCACACAUAUAUAAAUACACAAAUGCAGAUGUGCGUACACACAUGCUAAUACAUAUACUGAAUUAUGUCGGUAAAGGGACAAUAUUGCGCAGGUGUUCACACCUUCAUCUUCUGCACUACAUUUGCAAAAAACAAAAAAAACCCACAAAAAGAAAAAAAAAACCCAACAAAAACACAAAAAGGAGAAAAAAAUGAAAAAUGAAAAGGAAUGAAAGAAAGAAUACAAAGUUUCAUUUUGUUAAGGUGCUUACAACAUUAGAACUAUGCAACCUAGUUGGUUUGAAACUGUUUACCUGAGAGAGAAAGGAAAAAAAAUAGAACAAAACAAAACAGAAAGACUUUAUUUAAUGGAAGUAACUUUUUUUUUGUUUCCAUGAGAGAUACUUGAAAGGAACAUGUUUGUCCAGUUACUGGAGCCGAACAUUUCUAUAUUUUGUAAAAAAAAUUUUUUAAUCGUUUACUAUUUGCACUACAAUGGUGUUUGACCUGUCUAAUCUUUAUUUAACAAGUAUAUUUGAGGGAGGUUGAUUCGGAGUAGGAGGGGUUGAGAGCUGCACUUAUUGUGGGCUAUACAAAAACUGCUACAGCACACAAAAUAGCUAUUUAUAUUAUAAUUAUUAUUAUUAUUUUGUACCUUAAAAAGAAUAGACACAUACACCAAAGACAUUUAUGUGAGCCUCUAAGCAGUCUCUUUGCGGUUGGUACCGUUCAGAAGAAAAUAAUCAGGGUUUAGAUUAUGGAGACAGUGGGAUUGAUUACAUUCAGGCUGAUAUACUAUAGUUAACUAGUUUAACUGAUAUAUUUCCCAUUGGGAUCUGGGUUUAACCGAGGAUUUCCAAUCCCCAGAAAGUCCUGGGAUACAUGGGUUUAAGAUUCUGUUUCAGGUCCAUCUAUGGUAUAAAUAUAACUCCUUUCACAUUCAUGACACUAAAACCUUUUCCUGCUGUAUAGCAGCUGUACAUUGUACACAUGGUAUAAGCACUUCAGGCGUCAACUUAAUGUUCUUACAGCAAUGAAUGUUUAUGUGCAAAGCACAGUGUAUUAAAAUAUAAUUUUUAAUGAGUGGAAGGGAACACAUUUAAAACAAUCCCUCGGAAUGAAAGAAAUUUAAAGUUUUAGUGUAACAUUUAGAUCUGAUGUAAAAGAGCAUGUAGCUUUGGGCUUGCCUUACCAUCACUCCUGUAGAACAGAGAGCAAAAUGAAAGCUAUGGUAUUAUUUCUAUUUCAAAUACAGUCUUGACUAAGAGACUGGCUGUCUCAACCACCGUUCUCCAGUCUGGCGACUCUUGAUGAGUUUGUACAAUAUAUGACCUAAUUUCAGUGUCAACACCUAACCUGAAGGGUCCAACCUAUAGGGUGUAGGUAGAUAGGUUUUAAAAAUUCUAUCACUGUCAUAUUUAAAAGAAUGCUGAAGUAAAAACAUUUGUUUUUGGAUAGGGGAAAAAGAUUAGCGGGAAUGGGAGAAACCUUAAGGCCUUGUCUACACUGAGUUUGGAAACCAUGAGGCCUGGUGCUACAAGUUCUUACCCAUGUGAGUAAAGGUUUGCAGGACCAAGCCUCUUUGUUAGCAACACCCCAUUGAGCUAAGCCUAAAAAAAUACUUCUUGUUAGAAAAGCAUGAUUAUGGUUCCCCAUUUUGGCGAUAGCACAGUUUAUAAAAAACAAAACAAAACACAAUUUUAGAGCACAAUUGAUUCCUGUCGGCAAUGGCAGCGAUACAGUGUAUUAACACCUUUAUGGCAAGAAUCAUGUCCAAGCAGUGUAAUCAGGGUCUUAAUUUUUGUCAGCCAAAACUCCGUGUGUGUGUGUGUGUGUGUGUAUGAGUCUG